CCUCCUCUAGCCCCCUCCCCAACAGAGAGUGUCCCACUGCUCUUGGUUCUUCCAGUCUGUCCUUCUUUUGGGCCUUUUCCCAUCAUUGUCUCCUUCUCUACGUCUUUUUCCUCCCUAGGUAAUAUCCCGAGGAUGGAGCAUAACCAAAGUGCCAGUCACCAACCUGAACAGCAACUCCCGCCUCCCGUAAAUAGCUCUGAAGUGCUCCCUGCUCAAAAUGGCUUAGAGAAACAAAGUGAAAAAUCGCCUCCCAGGCCUCUGUCCCCUGAGAAUGUGGCACAUUCUCAGCCUGAAAUAAAGCUCUGUGAUAUAUCUGAGGAGCUGAGUCGACAGCUGGAGGACAUUAUUAAAACCUAUGGGUCAGCUGCCAGCCUGGUGGAAGAAAGGAAUACGAAAAUAACAGACAAACCUGAGACGGGAGAAUCAUUUAAUAAUGACGAUGGAGAAUACGAAGAUGCCCAUGAUGAGGCUGAGAAAGAACAGAUAGCUUCUGGGGAUGCCUCUGGAUCAAAGGAAUCCAGCAUUCCUAAAGAGCAAAAACUGGAAAAGAAAAUCUUGAAGGGACUAGGGAAAGAAGCUACCCUGCUGAUGCAACACUUGAGCAAGCUGAAUACACCAGAAGAAAAGCUGGACAUUUUAUUUAAGAAGUAUGCUGAACUGCUGGAGGAACAUCGCACUGAACAGAAAAAGCUAAAAUAUCUGCAGAAAAAACAGUCACAGCUUGUAAAAGAGAAGGACCAAUUACAGAGCGAACACAGCAGAGUCAUCCUGGCCCGAAGCAAAUUGGAGAGUCUAUGUAGGGAGCUCCAAAGACACAACAGAACCCUGAAGGAGGAAACAUUUCAGCGGGCCAGAGAGGAAGAGGAGAAAAGGAAGGAGAUCACAAAUCAUUUCCAGGGCACCCUGAACGAUAUCCAGGCACAGAUUGAGCAGCAAAGUGAGAGGAACAUGAAGUUGUGCCAGGAGAACACUGAGCUGGCAGAGAAAUUAAAAAGCAUCAUAGAUCAGUAUGAAGUCAGAGAGGAGCACCUUGAUAAGAUAUUUAAGCACAGGGAGCUUCAGCAGAAACUGGUGGAUGCCAAGCUGGAACAGUCACAGGAAGUGAUGAAAGAAGCAGAGGAUCGACAUCAGCGAGAGAAGGAAUAUCUACUCAACCAAGCUGCAGAGUGGAAACUACAGGCAAAAAUGCUGAAAGAACAAGAGACAGUUCUCCAGGCCCAGCUUACUCUCUAUUCUGAACGAUUUGAGGAAUUUCAGAAAACACUGACAAAAAGCAAUGAGGUGUUUGCCAGCUUCAAGCAGGAGAUGGAUAAGAUGACAAAGAAAAUGAAAAAAUUGGAAAAAGACACAGCUACAUGGAAAUCAAGGUUUGAAAACUGCAAUAAAGCUUUAUUGGACAUGAUUGAAGAGAAAGCCAUGAGGGCCAAGGAAUACGAGUGCUUUGUAGUGAAAAUUCAAAGGCUGGAGAACCUUUGCAGAGCUCUUCAGGAUGAAAGGAAUGUACUGUACAAAAAAAUAAAAGAUGCUCAAUUCCCUGAGGAGAAACGGGAAGAAGAAGAGGAAGAGGAAGAAGAGGAAGAAGAACAGACUCAACAGAAAGACAGCCUGGAAAAUGAGGCUGGUACAAACUCUUCUGUUACAGUCCCAGCUGCUGAUGAGCUAUCUGCUACUAACGAGAAUAUCCUAAAAGAUCUGUCUGCAGCUUUCAUGGUUACCCAUCAUGUGGAAAUGCCCCCGAUAACUACCAACAAAGAUACUGCUGAAGAAUCACAUGACCUACAAGCAGGAAGUCUGAUCUGCUCCCCAGAGCCAACUAUCCCUUCUCCCAUGCCUCAAGACACAGGGAACUCUUCCAUACCACAAACAGCAUCCAUCCCCAAAGCAAAGGGACAUGAAGGGGACACAGUAGAGCAACAUGAUCAAAAUUAUCCAAUGCUGAAGUUAUCAGAUGCUGACAUGGAAGGAGUUGAUUAGUGUAAUAUGUUGGUGCAAUGUUUCUUCCCAAAAUGCCUUUGUCUCAUUCUCUCCUAAACUUGAAAAAAGAAGAAA